AUGAUUUGGUCUGAGGUCCGAGGAGGCGAUCUCCCCAUCAUCUUCAUCCGCCUGUUCGAGCUCCUAUAUCUUAGUCUGUCUGCAGCCAACUAUCUCUUCAACUUUGUCAUUCUCCCCGUCGACCAAGCACAAAAUGCACUGGGUGACGGGCUUACCGCCCUCGCUAUAUUCUCUGUUGCCUCGACACUUUCCCUUCUCUGUAUAUGCACCCGUCUCGGCCACCGUACCUCUCAUUUGGAAAGAGCUGCCGUUAUAGUCUUGAUGGCCGUGGCAGCUUCCGCAUUUGUUUAUGUCCAGUUCUUUUACGAUACGUGGAUAGCUCGAGUCUAUUUUGUGAUCCUGAUCUUCACGGCGGUGCAGUGCCUGUCUCACGGCGUCAAUUUUCGUGAGGGCACAUUUUUCGACUUUCCGUUCAUCUGCCUGGGCUAUGGGAUAAUAGUCCUGGCCCCUGCUAUGCAUGCGGGCUUGUGGUCGUCCACCUGUCGACAGGCGUUGUUACCGUCGUACCUCGUCUACGUUGGCCUCAAUGCGCUGGGGGGCCUUAACCUCAUCUUUAAUGUUCCGGAGCGGCUGGGCAUGUCCAGCGGCAGCAGGUUGGUUCUACACUGUUGCGCCGCCCUGGCAACGAUUUAUCUGUUCAAUAGCCUGCUUGCUGCAUUGCAGACUGAUAUACACUUGGAGGUGGAACGAUGUGGGAGAAUUUUUGGUUAAGGAAAGAAGUUGCUACCAGCCUUCUACGUGCAUCUCUCCUAAGUUCAGCAACAUGCACCGUGCAUGAUGGAAGCAAUAAUAUUGGUUUCCUCGUGCCCAGGCCAGAGGGCCCGAGGAAAUGUUACUGUGACAAGCUUUAGCAGAGGUUGGCAAUUAUUUGAACAUUUGAACCAAGGCAAUUUAAAGUAAAUGUUAUGUUGUGAUUCAGGAAGUACAAUGAUGAACAUGAUUUCAGCCUGCCC